AAGCACCACAAUGGAUUCAGAUUUGUAUGAUGAGUUUGGUAAUUACAUUGGUCCCGAUUUGGACAGUGACGACGAUGAUGACCAAAGUAUUUAUGGCCAGCAAGAUAAUCAGGAUGAACGUGAUGAUGAUGCCAUGGAAGAGGAAGAAGAUCAAAAUGAAGAUGAGGAUAAAGAAGUGACGGCAGUUGUUUUGCAUGAAGAUAAACGUUAUUAUCCCACCGCAGUGGAGGUAUAUGGUCCAGAUGUGGAGACCAUUGUCCAGGAGGAAGAUGCUCAACCAUUGGAUAAACCACUAAUAGAACCCGUCAAAAAGUUGAAAUUUCAAAUUAAAGAACAAGAAUUACCGGAGACCACCUACAAUAUGGAAUUUAUGGCUGAUUUAAUGGAUACACCGCCACUCAUUCGUAAUGUAGCGCUAAUUGGUCAUUUACAUCAUGGCAAGACGACAUUUGUCGAUUGUCUUAUACGUCAGACCCAUCCACAAUUUGAUUCGAAUGAGGAGCGUUCGCUGCGUUAUACUGAUACGCUAUUUACGGAACAAGAACGUGGUGUUAGUAUUAAAGCAACACCAGUGACAGUGGUCCUGCAGGAUGUCAAAACGAAAAGUUAUCUCAUGAAUAUAUUCGAUACACCCGGUCAUGUGAACUUUUCCGAUGAAAUUACUGCGGCAAUGCGUUUGUGUGAUGGUGUCGUCGUCUUUGUUGAUGCUGCUGAGGGUGUUAUGUUAAAUACUGAAAGGAUGCUAAAGCAUGCCGUGCAAGAGAAAAUGGCCAUAACUGUUUGCAUUAAUAAGAUUGAUCGUUUAAUUUUGGAAUUGAAAUUACCACCCCAAGAUGCAUAUUUCAAGUUGAAACACAUUGUCGAAGAAGUCAACAGUUUGUUGAGUACCUACGGCAAUGCCGAGGAGACACAAUUGGUGUCACCCGUUUUGGGUAAUGUCUGCUUUGCCAGUUCCCUUUAUGGUAUAUGUUUUACAUUGAAAUCGUUUGCGAAAUUAUAUGCUGACACCUACGAGGGUGUCAAUUAUGUGGAGUUCUCCAAGCGCCUAUGGGGUGAUAUGUAUUUCCAUAGUAAAUCACGUAAAUUUACCAAGAAACCACCACACAAUUCAGCACAACGUAGUUUUGUUGAAUUUAUUUUGGAACCAAUGUAUAAGUUAAUUGCCCAAGUUGUGGGUGAUGUUGAUUCCACCUUAUCGGAUACUUUAGCUGAAUUGAAUAUUCGUAUAACAAAGGAGGAAAUGAAAACGAAUAUAAGACCCCUCUUGCGUUUGGUUUGUAAUCGUUUUUUGGGCGAUUUUAGUGGUUUUGUAAGUAUGUGUGUCGAACAUAUACCAUCACCGUUGGAUAAUGCCAAACGCAAGGUGGAUCAUGUUUAUACUGGACCAAAGGAAGGUGAUAUGUAUCGUGAUAUGAUACAAUGUAAUCAAACGGGUUCCCUUCUGGUACACAGUGCCAAAAUGUAUCCUACCGAUGAUUGUACUUUCUUUCAGGUCAUGGCUCGUGUAAUUUCCGGUACUUUACAUGCCGGCCAAGAGGUACGAGUUCUUGGUGAAAAUUACACCCUGCAAGAUGAAGAAGAUUCACGUGUCUUACAAGUUGGACGCUUGUGGGUCUAUGAGGCUCGCUAUAAAGUAGAAUUGAAUCGUGUUCCAGCCGGUAAUUGGGUUCUCAUUGAGGGCAUUGAUCAAAGCAUCGUCAAAACCUCAACAAUUGUCGAUAUAAAUGCUGCCGAUGAUUUGUACAUUUUCCGCCCCUUGAAAUUUAAUACACAAAGUAUUAUAAAAAUUGCCGUUGAACCUGUAAAUCCCUCUGAAUUACCCAAAAUGUUAGAUGGCCUGCGAAAAGUCAACAAAUCAUAUCCUCUACUUUCAACCCGUGUCGAAGAAUCUGGCGAACAUGUUAUUUUGGGUACUGGCGAAUUAUAUCUGGAUUGCGUUAUGCACGAUUUGCGUAAAAUGUAUUCCGAAAUUGAUAUAAAAGUUGCCGAUCCAGUUGUGGCAUUCUGUGAAACAGUUGUUGAGACAAGUUCCCUGAAAUGUUUUGCCGAAACGCCGAAUAAGAAAAAUAAAAUCACCAUGAUUGCGGAGCCAUUAGAAAAGGGUUUGGCCGAGGACAUUGAGAAUGAGGUGGUCUCAAUUAAUUGGAAUAAAAAACGUAUUGGAGAAUUUUUCCAAGUUAAUUAUGAUUGGGAUUUGUUGGCGGCUCGUUCCAUUUGGGCAUUUGGUCCUGACUCAACUGGACCCAAUAUUUUAGUUGAUGACACGCUUCCAUCAGAAGUAGAUAAAACUCUGUUGACGUCCGUUAAAGAUUCCAUUGUACAAGGUUUCCAAUGGGGUACACGAGAAGGUCCAUUGUGUGAAGAGCCCAUACGUAAUGUGAAGUUUAAAAUUCUGGAUGCUGUCAUUGCUAAUGAGGCAUUACAUCGUGGUGGUGGCCAGGUUAUACCCACAGCUAGGAGAGUGGCAUAUUCGGCUUUCCUUAUGGCCACACCCAGAUUGAUGGAACCCUAUUUGUUUGUUGAAGUACAAGCUCCAGCUGAUUGUGUUUCUGCGGUAUACACUGUGUUGGCCAGAAGAAGAGGCCAUGUAACGCAAGAUGCUCCCGUCUCCGGUUCACCCCUCUACACAAUUAAAGCUUUCAUUCCCGCCAUUGAUUCCUUUGGUUUCGAAACAGAUUUACGUACCCAUACACAGGGUCAAGCAUUUUGUCUAUCAGUUUUCCAUCAUUGGCAAAUUGUUCCCGGCGAUCCAUUGGAUAAAUCAAUUGUUAUACGACCAUUGGAACCUCAACAGGCAUCCCACUUGGCCCGUGAAUUUAUGAUUAAAACCCGUAGACGUAAGGGCCUUUCAGAGGAUGUCUCGAUUAAUAAAUUCUUUGAUGAUCCUAUGUUAUUGGAGCUGGCUCGACAGGAUGUACUGCUUAAUUAUCCCCUAUAAUAUGGAAUAUAUU